AUGGUGAAGGUCCCGCAGCUUGAGGUAGAUGGAACGAUGAAAGACUGGACUUCAAGGUGGUUGGCUUCGUCGGGGGAUGAUGAUAAGAGUUUGAUUGCCCUUAUCUGUUGGAAUUUGUGGCAGAACAUGAACAAUGUGGUUUGGGAGAAAAAGCUGGGUACUGUAGAUAGUAUUUUGUUUGGAACCAAUUUGCAAUUAUCAGUUUGGAAAAUAGCUCAUUCUCCGGUGGCCCAGAUGCGUCAGGUUGGUCAGCUGGAUGGUGAUGGUAGAAUCAGAUGGGCUCCUCCGAGAAAUGGUUGGUUAAAAGCUAAUGUAGAUGCAGCAAUUUUUCCCGGAGGGGAUGGGUAUUGCAUUGGCAUUAUUGUGAGGGAUGAGAUGGGCUCAAUAGUUCAGGCAAGAAAUGUCAGGUUUCAUGGUAAUAUUUCGCCUCGAUUGGCGGAGGCAAUAGGCAUCAGACGAGUGUUGAGUUAG